UGUGUGUGUGUGUGAGAGAUCAGAUAUAUAAGCAGUGGAAGUGACAGUGACAGUCAGUUAGAGCGAUGGCGUGGAUUCAGCUUCUCCUCUUCUCUUGUCUCUCCUUGACUCCUUGCACUACACUGUCUCACAGUGGGUUCGAUGAUGAAGAUCAGUUUGUAGAGACAUUGUACACACCUGUUCCCAGAGUGGUUACUGGGGUCCCGCAGGAGUCCGUGAUUCGAUCUGAAAUCUUAACCACAGUAAUUGAGGAUUUUAUACCUGUUGAUGAUGAUGAAGAUGAUGGGAGUAUCUGUAAGGGCAUUGAUGAGGAACUGAACAGCUGCAAUAUGAAACUGACUGAGAAAACAGAUUACAGCUUUAACAUCGAGAAAGAUCUGUUUGCUCUGAAGGACCAGCUGAGGAUGAUCAAGCUGUCAUGUAUAAACGCUUCUCAGGCGUCCUCAGUGCAGGUCGCAGCUCUGCAGAACCAGCUGGACAACAUGCUAAAGCAGCUUGGGGAAAAAGCCUCGGGACCUGCUGAAGCCGUGUUAAACAUCCUGCAGGAGUAUGUGAAAGCUCAGAAGCUCGAGUUGGACCUUUUAGUGGAGACGGAUCCAAAAAAGAUUGCAGAGAUGCAGGAACAACUGAAAAAGUCAAGAGCUGAUCUGGAGGUGCUGGGUGGAAACCUCAACCAGCUAGAGUGCCAAACAGCAAGCAACAGCCAACAAUUUGAGGAGGAGCUGGAUAAGGAAUCAGAAAGGAUUUCAGAAUUGCUCGGCCGCAAUAAGUAUUUGGAGGAGAAGAUUUCUGACACACAGGAAGAAUGCAACAGCCUUCAGGAAAAUUACAACGAAUUAGUGGACAAGUUGGACGAAUUGACUGGAACUGAUUCAACCAUAAAGCCGAUUCUGGACAUUGUGUCUCUGAACCAGGAAAUCAACAACCUGGAGGACAGAAUCCGAUCCGAGACGUCCGAGUCCAAGAGAACUGAACUAGAGAAAGAGCUGAGAGAGAAGAAGGAACAACUCGAGUCGAAGAAGAAGGAACUGCAGACCAAUGACGAUCUGAACACCAGAACAAUUCUGACCAUACUCUCCAAGUUGGAGGAGAUGAGGAAGCUUCAGAGUCAGAUCCUGGAUGGAGACAGUUUGGACCAAAUCAAAGAGAAGAAAGAGGAAGUGCUCAGAUUGCUCUCCGAACUGGACGACUCGAACCUGGCCAAAACCGUGCUGAAGAACUUGGUCUUGCUGUCGGAUGAGACUCACCUAAAGAAACUCAUAUCAAACAUCAAACAGAAGGCGGACAAACAGAUAGCAGAACUGCAGGAGGAAGUGAGGAAGAAGGAGGAGGAGCUGAAGAGGAAAACCACAGAACUGGGAAAGAAGGACAGUGACAUAGCCACACUGACUAAAGAGAUCAGGGAUUUGAGGGAGGAACUGAAGAAUCUCACCAAACAAGUGAGAGACGUGGAGAACACUUCGGCAUCACGGCUCAGAGAACUGGAGAAGCAGCUGAAGGAGACGAGGCAGGAGCUGGAGGAAGGGAACAAGGCUCUGCAGGAGAAGGAUGCAGACUUAGCAAAGAAAGUGAUAAAGAUCACGGAGCUCCUUGAGGAACUGAGACAGACUAAAGAGGAAGCCAACAGGAGAAACCAGGAGGCUGCAAACAGGAUAACAGAUCUGGAGGGAAAGCUGAAGAAGGAAGAGGGGGAAAAUAAAAAAUUGCAGGAUGCACUGAAGGUGGCCACAGAGUGCACUGACCUCAAGAAAUCUUACAACCGACUGAAGGCUGAUUUUGAUAAAACAGUUUCUAAGCUGAAUGAUACACUGAUUAAUCAAGUGUUUACAAUCGAAGCUCUCAAGCAGGACAUAAAGAAACUGGAGGAUGAAAUCAGUUCAUCAGAAGGAAAUGUUGAAGAGCUGAAUCAGAGACUGCAGGAGAAGCAAGCGGAGCUCAAGGAGGCCAAGAAUAAGAUACAGAAGUAUAGAGGAGAAUCUCUCAAAUUUCUGAAAUUACUGGAGGAGCUGAGGAAGGUGAACAGGAAGCAGCAGGAACACAUCCAGGAGUAUUUAGCUCAGAUUAACCGACUGGAGAAGGACAUGGAGGAGAUGUUGGCUCAACUCUCAGCCACCGGAAACGAGAAAUCUAAACUGGCCAUCCAGGUGAUCUUUCUAAAGGAGGAGGUGUCCCAGUUAAAUAAAGGGCUUGCAGGACUUAAAAAGGAGCACCAGGAGAAGACUGCAGGUUUGGAGGAGGAGAUAGAAGAGAAGAAUAAAGAGAUUGCGUACCUAAAGAGAAGCGGCUGUGAUUCUCAGAUAUCUGAUCUGCAGCAGGAGCUGAGUGUGAAACAGCGGGAACUGGAACAGCUGAAGAGAGAGAAUUCUGCACAGAUCAGGGAGCUGCAGAAGAAGCUAACCGAGAAGACCCGCAAACUGGAGGAGACUGCCGUGGAGCUGAAGGACCGCGACUCGGAAAACGCUAAUCUAAUCAACCAAUUAACGGAUCUGAAUGAACAGUUGAACAAAGCAGUGGAAGACAGAAAGGAAGGCAGUCAGACCGCACAGGAACGGAUCUCCGAACUUAAAGAACAGCUGAAGAAAAAGGAGCGGGAACUUUCACACCUGAGUGACAGUAACGCAGAAUGUGAAGAGCAGCUGAAGCAGAAGCAGAAGCAAGUUUCAGACCUGAAUAACGAGAACGCUGAACUUGAAGAACAGCUGAAGAAAAAGGGGAAGGAACUUUCUAAUCUGAAGAACAAUAACGCAGAGCUUGAAGAGCAGCUGAAGAAAAAGGAAAAGGAACUUUCUAACCUGAAGAACAACAACGCAGAACUUGAAGAGCAGCUGAAGCAAAAGGACAAGGAACUUUCCGACCUGAAGAACAAUAACGCAGGUGUGAAUGAUGAGAAAGAGCAUCUGCAAAAAGAAGUGAAGAGACUGAAAGAGCAAGUAAAGGCAGCAGAGCAUCUUGAAGAGCAGCUGAAGCAAAAGGAGAAGGAACUUUCAAAGCUGAAGAACAGUAACGCAGAUCUUGAAGAGCAGCUGGAGCAAAAGGAGAAGGAACUUUCCAACCUGAAGAACAAUAACGCAGAUGUGAUAAACGAGAACGAGCGUCUGCGUGACCUCGUGAAGGCAACAGACAAACUUGAAGAGCAGCUGAAGCAAAAGGAGAAGGAACUUUCCAACCUGAAGAACAAUAACGCAGAUGUGAUUAAUGAGAACGAGCGUCUGAGAGGAGAUGUGAAGAGACUGAACAACCGAGUGAAAGUCCUAGAGAACAGUGAAGAGCAGCUGAAGCAAAAGGAGAAGGAAAUUUCAGACCUAAAGAAAAAUAACGCAAAGGUUAUCGAUGAGAACAAGCGUCUGCAAGUAGAUGUGACGAAACUGAAAGAGCGAGUAAAGGACCUGGAGAAAGUUACAGUUACAGUGAAACCGCCCACCGUCACCAUCAUGUCUCUGGAGUUUGAUCCCCAGACCGCUCACAGAAGACUCCUGAUCUCAGCUGAUGGACGGUCGGUGCGUGGUGUUCAGUACUCCAUCGCCCGAUAUGAUAGCCCAAGGCGCUAUGACACAGCGAUUGCGGCCCUUACAAAAACGGGCUUCAAUUCUGGGAGGCCAUACUGGGAGGUACAGGUGAAAGACCGUUCAUGCUUCGUGGUGGGUGUAGCGGCUGAAUCGGCGCCCCGGAAAGGAGAGAUCAGAUACAGGCCCAGUAAUGGUUACUGGACCAUACAGAAGAGAAACGGACAGCACUAUAUGCUAGCAGAGCAUCCUGUCCGGCUCCGCCUUUCAGACAAACUCAACGUCAUUGGGAUCCUCAUUGACUUCUCCAGUGGGGAGGUGGUCUUCUACAACGCCCAAACCAGAGCACUGGUCUGCACAUUCAGCGGGAACAACUUUACACAGAAGCUGUACCCGUACGUGGCCACCUGCGGCAGUGAGGGUCCAGAGGACUGGCCCAUAGAGCUGCUGGAUACCGCCUUGGUACCGUGGCUCAAUUAAUAAUAAACACACACACCACUAUAUACGUCUUUAAACACGAUUACACACUUGUAACAUUUGCAUUAUUUCCUAAAAUAAAAAAAAAGUUUUGCUUUCAAGUUUCUUUGUGUUUUGUUUCUGUCUGAAUUUGAACCCGAGCCAGCAGAGUUACGUCAACAAAACAUUUAAAACCAUGAAUAUGCAAAUUAGAAACCCCCUGUAACUGCAUUAUCUAACUUAGCUAGCUGAUUAGUUGACUGCUACACAACUAACUCACACCUGGAGCCAAAUCUGUC